UCACGACACUACAAUCACCAUCGUCACAGCUGUUACCGUCCCUAUUCCAGCAUUCAAAUAUUUAACUUCCACGCGCCGACUCGCGCGCUCUGGAUACAUAAAAUCCAAUUUCCCAUUGUAUCCCCAAAUUCUUGAAAACGAUGGAGCGGUCGAAUCCGAUCGAUAAAGACGAUAAUGGAGAAAUGGAAGCGGUAUCAUUGGAGCCAGAUCAGAAUUCACCCGGUAAAUAUCCGAACCCCAUUCCGAGACCCGACCCGGAACCGAUACCGAAGGGUGAAGCAAAAGUAGAGGCAGUAAAACAAGGAGAUAAUGCCAAUAUUAAUGUGAAUAUAAAUGAGGAGAGUAAUGAUGAUACUAAAGAAUUGAAAUCGAAAAAAUCGGUGAGGUGGAGUGAGGAAUUGGUGACGGAAUCGCCGGUGCAUAGGGAUUACGAUCGCGGAUCCAAUCCAUACGUUGCUUACUCCCCGGCGCCUUCUAGAGAUUCCUUGUCCUUAAAUUUCAAAAGUACAAUGGAAAAUGUAAAGGAUGUGUUAGGGAGAUGGGGAAAGAAGGUGGGAGAAGCUACAAGGAAGGCUGAGGAUCUUGCUGGGAAUACUUGGCAGCACCUGAAAACCAGCCCUAGUCUAGCUGACGCUGCUCUGGGAAGAAUUGCACAGGGAACAAAGGUUCUAGCAGAAGGUGGCUAUGAGAAAAUAUUUCGGCAAACAUUUGAGACAGUUCCUGAGGAGCAACUCCGUAAUUCAUUUGCAUGUUACUUAUCCACAUCUGCUGGUCCGGUUAUGGGUGUUUUAUAUGUCUCAACUGCAAAGCUCGCAUUUUGUAGCGAUAAUCCACUUUCAUACAAAGCUAGCGACAAGACAGAAUGGAGCUAUUAUAAGGUAGUUAUCCCAUUACAUCAACUCAAAGCAGUUAACCCUUCACCAAGCAGAACAAAUACAGCUGAAAAGUAUAUCCAGCUUAUAUCUGUUGAUAACCAUGAAUUUUGGUACAUGGGUUUUUUGAAUUAUGAUGGGGCGGUAAAGUUCUUGCAGGAUGCCUUACUAGCACACGACAUGCAAUCCGUGUAAAAUCACCUCCAAGUUUCACUUUCCUGAAAAGGAUGUGCUUCCUCGUACCAAGAAGAUUCGCAUUUGUAAAAGAUUUGGUAAACUUUCAAAUGACUGAAUGCAUGUUUGUAUUGUUUAAGAUCUUUCAGUUCUGGUGUUGCAUAUGUUCAUCACUGUAAGCUAUGCAACGUUUUGUGUCCGAGAUAGCAUGGGUAACUGAGCUAUUUUUUGUAGUUUUACAUCGGUUUACUUUGAUUAGGACAAAGCAGCUUAAAAGCUUGUAAUCA